UGUAAGGCGAUGCGCAGGCGCGGAUUCAUUUCUUGAGUUUUCCGAUAUUGAAUUAAAAUGAUGCAGAAAUACUUCAUUGAAGGACAGGUGUACACUGUUCCAAUCAUCCAGUCAGACUUGCGCCGAGAGGAAGCCAUUCAUCAGAUCAGUGAUGCCCUUCAGUAUCUCCAGCAAAUCUCCAAUGAUGUGUUCACUAGGGUUUCCCAAAAUGUGGAGAGUAACCAAACUCGCUUGAGGUCUAUCAGUGAUCGGAUCAACUUGGCACAAGCCAAGAUCAAGAAAAUCAAAGGCAGCAAGAAAGCUACUAAAGUCUUUUCAAGUGCAAAGUACCCUGCACCUGAGAGGCUUCAGAAUUAUGUUUCAAUUUUCAAUGGUGUAGAUGACUCCAAUUUGCAGAAGCGUCCACGCUACAAGAUUCACAGCAAGUUGAAACCGCUGGAUGAGAAGGCAGUGCAGGAGAAAGCAAAGCUUUAUCCUGUGUGUUUGAACACAAAGUCACGGGAGGACAAUGAAACGGAGGAAGGGCUGGGAAGCCUUCCACGAAAUAUCAGCUCCAUCAGUUCUCUUCUGCUUUUCAACACAACUGAGAACCCCUACAAGAAAUAUGUUCUAUUAGAUCCAUUAGCUGGUGCUGUCACAAAGACUCACACUGCACUAGAGACUGAGAAAGAGGAGAAGCCAUUUGAUGCGCCACUCUCUAUUACCAAGAGGGAACAGCUUGAAAGACGGACAACUGAGAAUUAUUUCUAUGUACCUAACCUGGGUCAGGUCCCAGAGAUAGAUGUACCAUCCUACCUCCCGGAUUUGCCUGGCAUUGCAGAUGACCUCAUGUACAGUGCCGAUCUAGGUCCGGGUAUUGCACCCUCUGUACCAGGAAGCAAUAUGCCUGAACUGCCAAGUUUCAGUAUUGAACCGGUUUACACAAAUGGUCCAGAUCAACAGAAUACUAAUCUCCCACUGUCGUCUGUAGAACUCCCUCCACCAGAAUUACUGACACCAAUGAGUGGUCCUCCACCACCCCCACCACCGCCUCCACCUCCACCUCCAGUUGAGUCUACCAGCAGUCAACCUCCAGAUGGUAUUGUUCAGGGAGCACCUCAAGAAGUUGUAAAGCCCUCAAAUGGAAGAGCCAGUCUGCUGGAAUCUAUCCGGCAGGCAGGAGGAAUUGGGAAAGCCAAGCUACGCAAUGCAAAAAACAUUAAAAUGGAAAAGAAAAAACAGAAAGAACAAGAACAAGGUGGAACAAGCGAAAGAGGAGGGAAUCUGAUGUCUGAUCUCUUCAAUAAGCUUGCAAUGAGGAGAAAAGGUAUUUCAGGUAAAGGUCCUCAACAUAGUGAGGGCAGUGGUGAAGGAACUGGAAGUGAAGUUCCUGUACCAGGUGGUGCUUUCGCUCGGAUGUCUGACGCCAUUCCACCCCUCCCGCCUCCACAGCAACAAAGUGCUGAAGAUGAAGACGACUGGGAUGCAUGAGACUGACUAAUUUGGCAAACAUGUCUGCAUUAUCUCUGGUUCUUGUGAAAACUUGAACUUCCGGCUUUAAUAUCUACCAAUUUGGUUCAAGCCUAGAAAUUUAUUUUCUUUAAGGGAAAAUAUUGUCUAUUAAUGUCUUUAAUAAUAGAUCCGAGCUUGAGGUCCGGAGACAGAGUUCUUUACUGUACUGGUUCGAGUUUGCUACAUGGAUGGACAUGUCCAACUAAAGACCCUAUUUUCAUCCUACACUUAAGUUUCCUGCAAUGCAGUGAGAGUAGCAGGGACAUGCAAACUGAUUGUAAUGAACCAUUCAUAGCUUAUUUUAAGCAAAAUUUACUCAGGUAUAUUUUAUCCUUUUAUGAACUAGCAUGAAGGCAAUAACACAGCCCGCAUUAACCUUCAUCUUUAAAGUGCAAGUCACUAUUGAUGGUAACUUAUUUCCAUGCUCUGCCAAAACCACUUUACCAGUUGUCAGACAGCAGCUGAUAAGAAAAAAAUCAGUAUGUUUUACAACUCUAAUGUUGCACUGUUUUUGACUACACUGUACUUAAUAGGAAUGAGUCUAGCAACGUCAUACUAAAAUGUAAAAUUCAACUUAACUAAGUCUAGUUUAGGACAGCAGUAAAAUUUAGUGUACUUUUAAUUGGUGUAAAGUUUGAAAUAUAAUUGAAAGUCAGCAUUGGUUUUGAAAGUUUGAUGUAUACAAAUGUUGGCAUCUCAAAACUUAUGCAUAAAUUACCAUUUGAACUUGAAUAAGCUGCAGAUCAUGGAAGAUGCAUAGUCUAUCAUGCUUUGAGAAUGGAUGUGUUGUGAUUUUUUGCAUAAGUCUUUGAAUAAACAGGACCAUUCCAAACAG